AUGGAAGAGCAAGCAGAGGAGAUGAACGGCAACACCACCCUCCUCUAUCGCCACCACCACCACAACCACCAACACCACCGGCACCACCACCACCGACCUCCUCCAUCGCCGUCGUCACUUCCGCCCCCUUCGCCGUCGUCACUUCCGCCCCCUUCGCCGUCGUCACUUCCGCCCCCUUCGCCGUCGUCAGCUCGCGACUCGCGCGGCGAGAGAGCGGCGCGCAGGGGGUUGAGUCGACACCACCACCAACAACAACAACCACCAACAACAACAACCACCACCAACAACCACAGCCAACCACCACCAACCAACAACCACCACCCACAUCGGCCUCCUCCCGCCCGCCGCCACCGCGAUGAGGCCUCACGCCUUCGUGCGAAUGGCGGCGAGCCGCUGGUUGCGAGCCCGUACCCUGCUUGUGAAGGGCUCAACAUCGCCUGCCCUUCGCUGGCCUCUGCAGCAGCUGGAACGAACGCGCCGGACAGAAGUAAUCUUCCGAGGAUCUAUACGAAAACUGGGGAUGCAGGCAUGUCCAGCACAUUCACGGGGGAGCGACGGACUAAAGACGAUGCUGUGUUUGAGGCACUGGGAACCGUUGAUGAACUUUCAUCUGCUCUCGGCUUCGCCUGUGAGCUUUGUCAGGAAGGACAGCACAGCUUUUGCGAGCAGCUGUUGCAGAUCCAGUGCGUGCUGCAGGACGUUGGCUCCAACGUCGCCACUCCGCGCUCCUCGGCUCGCGACGCACACCUCCAGCGCACUAAGUUCGACGAAUCCGUUGUGGCCGAACUGGAGGGGUGGAUCGACGGCUACACGUCCCAGCUACCUCCGCUGACCAACUUCAUAUUACCGUCCGGGGGUCGCUGCGCCGCGGCUCUGCACGUGGCGCGGAGCACGUGUCGCCGGGCGGAGCGCCGGGUUGUCGUGCUGGUACGCGCAGGCGAGGCCGACGCCAGUGUUGGAAAAUAUCUGAACAGGCUGAGCGAUUACCUCUUCACGUUGGCGAGGUUUGCUGCCAUGAAGGACGGGAGACCGGAGCAAGUCUAUCGCCGGCGCAAGACCUCCUCAAGGACGCCAGCAAGCGCUUGACUGCAGACGGGAAGCCGGGGAGGAGCGUUGCGACGGGGAGCCCCGAUGGUGCCACCGGCUGCCCUGCGCUCGGUGACGUCGCAAAGCCGUGGGCAAAGUCUCCCGGAGUGUGGCUGGUCCUCACCGGCGCAGUGGAACUCCAUUGUUUUGACUCGUGGGGGUGACGGUAGGCCGAGUUGACUCCCGCCUGGGGUUUCAAAGACAAAGAUCCCCCGUGUAGCCUGUAACAGACUGUAGGGGCAAGCGCUGUUAGCGAGCAGCGCCUAUGAAGGCCGGCACGGCACACGAGGGGGUGGGUGGGCAGCACCACGCCCG